AUGAAUCAAUUUUUACUACUACCUGCAUAUUAUCUUAAAACAAAUUCAGUUAUAAGACAUUUUUCUGUUAUUUUUCCAGGUGUUAUUGUCGUUGAAACAAAAAAGGAACCAGGACGAUCAUUGAAAAUGCCGCCGGCUUUGUACGGACUGUUUUCCGUGUAUGUGACGUUAGUCGUAUUGGGAACACAUGCCAUUACCAUUGAAGAAUUGCCACCAGGUAUGUUUUCGAUAUUUUUUCGUUUAUAG